GUCAUUCUGCCCGCCCUUGUACAGAUAUGAGCCGGGGAUGAAGGAGCUGCCCCCGGCAGCGAAGCUGAGCCGGGCUGUACUUUCCGAGUUUGUCUCAAGGCCUCCUGAGGUCCUCAGUUCGGCGCUUCGCAACAUUUCUGGACACUUUUGGGUUACAGACGCUGGUCCGCGGCAUAGAACGCUUUUCUGAGUUUACCUUUCCUUAGAAUACAUAAAUCGAGGGUAUAAGAUAGCUUUAAAGAGUAAUCUCUCCAGCCUUUUCACUUAAUAAAUGAAGAAUGAAGUGCAGAGUAAGUCCCGGAUGAAGUAAUAUCCUGCGAAUGCGCUGCUUUUAUGAUUUUAUGGUUUCCACCAGACAUCAGACAUUUUAAAAUCCUAUAAAAACAACUGAUCAAGUCGGUUGUGGUGGCUUAUGUAAUUCCAGCGACUUGGAGGCUGAGGCAAGAGGAUCCCAAGUCUGUGGUGUCUGGGUCCAUUCAGGAAGAACUUUUCCAGGAGAGAUCUUACUGACAGAGCUUUUGCACAGCUAUAAUGUCAUCUACUUGGAAUAUCCAGGCCAAAAAGGACCAGGAAGAACUUCUGGAAGUAAAGAGAGACCAGGAGGAGGAAGAGAAUAAAUAUACCUCCAGACAGGAUGAGAGCCUUCAAAAGAACAAUACUCAUAGCAGAGAGGUCUUUCGACAAUACUUCAGGCAGUUCUGCCACCAGGAAGCAUCUGGACCUCGGGAAGCUUUGAGCCGACUCUGGGAGCUUUGCCAUCAAUGGCUGAGGCCAGAGACUCACACCAAAGAACAGAUCCUGGAGCUGCUGGUGCUGGAGCAGUUCCUGACCAUCCUACCUGAGGAACUUCAAGCCUGGGUACAAGAGCAGCAUCCAGAGAGUGGAGAGGAGGUGGUGAAUGUGCUGGAAGAUUUAGAGAAAGAGCUAGAUGAACCAGGUUAUCAGGCUGCAGGAACAGAAGAAGAACCCAGUGUGUCCCUCCAGUCUAUGAAAAUCCAGUGUGAAUCUCCAGAACUUGAAGCUCAAGAGAAGCAAGUUUCAGAUAUUAAGACUGAAAAUGAGUACAGGAAUUUAACUCCAAAACAAAAAGUUUCUGAAGGAAUGAAACCAUGUGGGAAUGUGUCUAGCAGAUUUGAAAAUGAUAUAAACCAGUCUGCUAAGUGUGGAGAAACUCAAAAUUCAGAAGAAUCUUCUGGAUGCUCCAGGGAACAUAAACAACCUACAUGUGAUGAAAAUGGAGUGAGUUCGACUGAGAACUCAGAUCAUGCUGAAAAGAGAACCUGUCCAGGAGAAAAAUCUUAUGAAUGUAAUGACUGUGGAAGAACUUUUAAUCAGCAGUCAUGCCUCAUAGAACAUAAGAGGAUUCAUACUGGUGACAGGCCCUACAAGUGUGAGGAAUGUGGAAAAACCUUUCAUGGGAGAACUGUACUUAUUCGACACAAAAUAAUACAUACUGGAGAGAAACCAUAUAAGUGUAAUGAGUGUGGCAGAGCCUUUGGACGGUGGUCAGCUCUUAAUCAACAUCAGAGACUUCACUCUGGAGAAAAACACUAUCACUGUAAUGAAUGUGGCAAAGCUUUUAGCCAGAAAGCAGGCCUCUUUCACCAUCUCAAGAGUCACACAAGAGACAAACCUUAUCAGUGUCCUCAGUGUAAUAAAAGUUUUAGUCGAUGUUCCAUACUCAUUCAGCAUCUAGGAGUUCACACUGGUGCGAAGCCCUAUGAGUGCAAUGAGUGUGGAAAAGCUUUUGUUUAUAACUCAUCCCUUGUUUCCCAUCAGGAGAUCCACCACAAAGAAAAAUGCUAUCAGUGCAAAGAAUGUGGGAAAUCCUUCAGUCAGAGUGGCCUUAUUCAACAUCAGAGAAUCCACACUGGGGAGAAGCCAUAUAAGUGUGAUGUAUGUGAAAAAGCCUUUAUUCAAAGGACAAGUCUUAUAGAGAAUCAGCAAAUUCACACUGGAGAAAGACCCUAUAAAUGUGAUAAAUAUGGGAAGGCUUUUACUCAAAGAUCAGUCCUCACGGAACAUCAGAGAAUCCACACUGGAGAGAGGCCCUAUAAGUGUGAUGAAUGUGGAAAUACCUUACGAGGAAUCACCAGUCUCAUUCAACAUCAGAGAAUCCACACUGGGGAGAAACCCUACCAAUGUGAUGAGUGUGGCAAAUCCUUCAGGCAGAGCUCAGUCCUCAUUCAGCACCAGAGAAUCCACACUGGGGAGAAGCCACAUGAAUGUGAAGGAUGUAGGAAGGCUUUCAGCCUGAUUGAACAUCACCUCAUCAGACACAGAAGAAUCCACACAGGAGAAAAACCCUAUCAAUGUGAAGCAUGUGGAAAGAGUUUUGCUCAGAGUUCAGGCCUGACCAAGCACAGGAGAAUCCAUACUGGAGAGAAACCCUAUGAGUGUGAAGACUGUGGGAAGACCUUCAUUGGGAGCUCUGCCCUUGUCAUUCAUCAGAGAGUUCACACUGGUGAGAAGCCAUAUGAGUGUGAAGAAUGUGGCAAGGUCUUCAGUCACAGUUCAAACCUUAUUAAACAUCAGAGAACUCACACUGGGGAGAAGCCCUAUGAGUGUGAUGACUGUGGGAAAACCUUCAGCCAGAGCUGCAGCCUCCUUGAACAUCACAAAAUUCACACUGGAGAGAAGCCAUACCAAUGCAAGAUGUGUGGCAAAGCCUUUAGGCGUAAUUCACAUCUUCUGAGACAUCAGAGGAUCCAUGCUGAUAAAAAUCAGGAGCCUGAGCAUGGAGAGGCCUGGGAAGGUCACGGUAGGAUAGAAAGCCAGUGGGAAAAUGUUGGAACUCCUGUGUCUUAUAAAUGUAAUGAGUGUGAAAGAAGUUUUACUCAGAAUAGAAGCCUUAUUGAACAUCAAAAAAUCCAUACUGGUGAGAAACCCUAUCAGUGUGAUGCAUGUGGAAAAGGCUUCACCCGAACUUCAUACCUUGUUCAACAUCAGAGGAGCCAUGUAGGGAAAAAAAAUUCUGUCUCACUGACUAUACAUGCCAAAGUUGGGGCUUAUUUGUAAUUCAACUGAAGCUAGCCUGGAGCACUACAGAAAUUGUAGGCCAGGGCUUUAUUUACCAGUGCAUCAUCAUGUGUUAGGAAACAAUCUGAGAUGAAUUAUCUUCCACAUUCUAGCAAUUGGUUGGAACCAAACUUUUUUGAGGAAUGUUGUCUGGAAAAGGUUGACUUAAAAUGUUUUAUUCUUACCUAUUGGACUUAAAUGGCCUUCCAGAAUAGCUAAAUGCCACAGCAGUAUUUUUGUUUUCUCCUGGAUGGAUAAUUCUUAAUCUGGGGGGCUGCUGCUCUUACCAUUCAUUUUCUAAUAAUGAAUCCUUCAUGAGUAGGUCAGGUUCAUGAGGUCUUUUACCCCUCAUUGUGCCUUGCAUAUAGGUGCUAAUAAAUAUUGACUGGAUGUACCUGUGAAAUGAUCUGCAUAGCUCUGGAAAUCUGUGUCUAGAUUUCUGAGAGAUUUGUAACUAAUGCCAUUUGUGUUUGUGUCUGAUUCUCAGAUUCUAGAUUCUGGGUCAAUACUAUGUAUUUGUGCCAGAUUUGGGGUGGGGGAAUCCAUAUUUCUUCAUGAGGAUAGUACUAAUAGUAAGAAUGCUUUAAACAACUUCUUAAUGAUUAAGAUAUUGGGAGAUGGCUUCAUCCAUAGAAUUGUAUUAUUGCAAUCAGGUUUGCUACUCUUUUGC